AUGGCAACCCGUUUUAAAGCCACAACCCCGAAGUGCGCCAGCGAAGAAGCGCCUGGCAACACGACCGCACUAUGCGCCGACUGUCUGUGGAAUAAGCGUUGUUCCUGCAGCUCCAGGUAUGUAAAACUGCAUUGUUUGCGUCCAUCUCCACUCUGUAACGAUAAAAAAUCUCUUCAUUUUCUAGAAAAGCUCUUUGGACUCGUGCGCAUUGGCUCAGUCAGACUGCUGCAUGCGGUCAGACGGACUACAAGGCGCCUUUGA